AUGUCCACCGCUAUUCAGUCGAGCGCAUCAAUCCAGGCCCCUUCGCCCCAAAAGUGGGCUUUGCUCAUUGGCGUGGACCACUACACUCCGGGAAAUAAAAGAGGAGUGAUAUUCAAGGAUCUCCAUGGUUGCGUCAAAGACGUUAAACGGGUCGAAGAACACCUCAGGAAGGCUGGGGUCUGCAAUAUCUCGAAGCUGACAGCGACUCCGAGCACAAUCAGCAGCGAUCCACUCGAGCCUGAGAACCUGCGGCCGACAUACGACAACAUCAAGAGAGAGUUCGACCGCAUCCGAGACAAUUCAGAGAAAGGAGAUCUCUUGUAUAUCCACUACUCGGGUCAUGGAAUCAGUCGGAAAGAGCUGCAAGACAAAAAGCCCACUGGGGGUGACUCUUUCAAUGGGACUGCGCUGGCUCUCAUGGACGUCAUGGCUGGCGGAGCCUAUCUGACCGGAUAUCAGGUCGGAGCAUGGAUCAGGCAGCUUGUUGAGGGUAAACGCCUUCGGGUGUGUCUUAUCCUCGACUGCUGCUUCUCCGGCAGGGGAUUCCGAGCAAAUCUGCCCAGUGAUUACAACUUCCGCACUCCAGGUGGAUGCGACACAAAGUAUUUGAGCAGCGACGAGAAUGCCGAUGAAGUAGCCGAUACCAUUGAAAGUGAACUCGGUGUCAAGGACGACAAAUCGGGAAAUCAGGUCAAGGACGGAGGACACAGGAACGCCAAAGUGAGGCGUUCGUGGCUGUCUGAUCCAUCCGGAUGCACAAUCAUCACUGCCUGUGAGUACAAUCAGAAAGCGGGAGAAUGGCCAUUCAAAAUCAGAGAAGGAAUGAGCGGGGUACUCACACACUGGAUGCUGGAUUUGCUUUCCCAUUCAAAUCUGCUGGAACCCCCUUCUUACGAACGAAUUGCGCAAUAUGUUGCUUUCAAAAUUCAGAAUGAAAUGGACAAGAUCCAACAAACGCCAGUUGUCCUCGGCGACGGGUUUUGCGAGUUCUUUGGGCACAAGAAGAUUGAUCGAAAACCCUCCCACAGUAUCAAAGUCGUGUCACAGUCGAAACCCGAUGAGAAAGAAUAUCAAAUGGGCAUUGGGGCCGCGCAAGGAGUGGAGGUGGGAGAUAUCUACGCUGUCUAUCCCAGCUGGCUCCGACAAACCCAGGCCUCGGACGUUUCCCAAAUCCGUAUCACUCGUACGAGCACAUUUACCUCUUUUGGAACCAUUCACAAAGGCUUGGAUAUAUCGAUAAAGAAUGGGGAUCUAGCCGUUAGGGAGUCUUGGACCAGGAAUCGACUGCAGCGCAUCAGAGUGAAGAUUGAUAUCGAUUCUCAAGAGCCAAAGAGCAGAAGAAAAAGCCUCGUAGUCUUGGAGGGCAACCUGAAAAAGGUUCUCGGCCAAUGCCUCGAAUUGGGCGACUCUACGGGUGCGAGUCAAGCAUCAUCGGAAAUCGCCAGCUUCACGGUCUUGGUAGGCACCGAGGUCAUCGAAAUACGCGAUGGCAAGAACAUUCAUUUGGACCGCGUGCCAAAGAUUUCCGUGAAAGACCCAGAGGCAAGCUGGAAAGUCGCCUCCAUUCUUGUUCAUCUAUCCCGCCUCAGCAAUCUGAGGGACCAUCACGGAUCCGUGGUUCCAGAAAGCUUGGAAUCAGUCAGGUUCACUUUCGAACCUUUCGACAGGAAGAAGGAUGAGAUUCUGGAUAAAAACACCACUGGCUUAUACAAAGCACGGGACGGUCAAGAAAUUCGACUCCGAUUCAGGAAUGUUUCAGCGUCCCAAAAUAUCCAUCUCGCCAUAUUCUCCUUCAAUGCCACAUGGGGAGUCGAGAAAUUUUGGCCCGCAGACGGUCAGCCAAUGCAACUUGUCCCGCCGUACGAAAGGGACAGUAGAGCAGCAAAGAAACAAGAGGUGUGCCGCUCACUAAAAGUGAGCAUCCCGCCGAAAGCCAAGCCAGAGGACUCAAACAAGGUAGUGGAUCUCUACAGAGCCUACAUCUACCAAGGGGAGCUCCCAACAUCAUGGGAUGAGAUAUGCUUGCUGGACUUACCGAGCAAUGCAUCUGAGAUCACUAAGCUGGGAUCGGAGCCGCUGAAACCUUCACUCAAAAAGUUCAAAAAACAUGAACGUGGCCACGAGACUCGAAAUGGCAAGGCCCUUGACGAUUCUGAAUCAGAGAGCGAUGAAGAAGUUGAUCGCCAUUGGUGGGUCUUAGAUUUCCGAAUUCAAGUAGGCGCUUAG